AUGAAAGUCUCUCUGCAGAGGUGGGACUCGAGCCUGAAGCUGAUGGCCGAGGCGUACGCAGCUAAAUGCAUCUGGAACCACAACCCGGAGCUGGAGGAGACGGGGGAGAAUCUGUACGCUGGCACGGGGCCCCUGGACUUCGCUCAGGCUGUGGAGAAAUGGUUCAUGGAACAUCUGGACUACGACUUCCAGAACAACACGUGUGAUGAAGUCAAGAUGUGUGGGCAUUACACGCAGAUGGUCUGGGCGGACACACACAGGGUUGGCUGUGCUUUCCAUCUCUGUGACAAAAUGGACGGACUUGACUGGGAGGACAGGACCUCCUUCCUCGUCUGUAACUACUUUCCAGCAGGGAACUACGAAGGAGUGCGGCCCUACGUGGAAGGGGACUGGUGCUCCAGGUGUCCUGAAAACCUCCAGAAGUGUGAAAACAACCUCUGUGCUCCGGACUUGGUGGACGAGGACGUCGGUGGGGACGAUCAUGGAACGGAGACAGAUUUUGUCCCCACCUUCCCUGAAGAACUGGGUGAUACAGAAACUACUCACCCCCCCACUGAGCCCGACACCACCCUGGUCCAAACAGAACCCACUGAGGAGGAGCACACCCCCACACCAGGAGCCACCGCAGCCCGGGUCCAACCUCAGGACGUCUUAUCAUCAGCACCAGCACCAGAACCAGAGGAGGAGGAGGAGGAG